AUGUUAUUCAGAGUUAUUAACAAUCAUUUGUACGUAGUCAUAUAUAUACUAUGUCUCAAUACAAGCGGCAUAUACUCUUCUUCAUUCAAUUCAUCUUUCACACCCGAGCAUUUACGAUUUCUUCGAAAUGAAACAAAAGGGUUGUUUCAGCAUGCUUGGUCGUCGUAUAUGACUUAUGGCUUUCCAUACGAUGAAGUUCGACCGUUAACGUGCGAGCCUUACGGACCAGACUAUACUAAUCCAAUGAAUACUGUUAGGAACGACGCAAUGGCCAACAUUUCGCUGACUUUGCUUGACAAUCUUGAUACUUUGAUUAUAAUGGAACAAUGGGAUGAACUUGAGUUUGGGUUGAACUACCUCAAGAGCAAUAAGGAGGAGUUUUUCAUUCAAAACUCGGUGGUGCAAGUUUUUGAGACAACAAUAAGAUUCCUAGGCGGUCUCUUAAGUGCGCAUUUAUUAUUACUGGAUGUUACUAAUAAGAACAUCUCAUUACCCAAAUCCUUAACUAGGUUUAGAAAACUCUCAGACAACUAUGACGGGUUUUUAUUGGAAAUGGCGUAUGACUUGGGUUUAAGAUUGAUUCCUUCAUACAAAACAGCAACGAGCAUACCUGUACCUCGAGUCAAUUUGGCCCUGGGACUAGCUAGCGUGCCUCCGGCAUUACAAAAGGACGCAUGUACUUCUGGAGUCACGAGUCCCGUCUUGGAGUUUACCUUGUUGUCGAAAUUAACGGGAGAUUAUCAAUUUGAGUAUUAUUCACAACAGUCGUUAUGGAAACUUUGGUCGUCUAGACUGCCGCUUAACCUUUUACCCAUGACCAUUGAUCCAAUAUCAAAUCAAUGGAAAGAUUCGGUUACAGGAAUUGGCGCAUCAAUUGACUCCUUUUAUGAGUAUGCAGCUAAAGGUGCAAUACUCUUUGAUGAUGAUGAUAUGUGGUCGGUGUUUAAGACAUCGUACCAGGCAUUAUUGACGCAUCUGGCACAGGUUGGCGAAGGCAGCAUGAUUUUUCCAAAUAUCGGAGCUCAAGAUGGGAUGAUUUUCAGCGACUGGAUAGACUCAUUGAGUGCAUUUUGGUCAGGUUUACAAGUAUUGACUGGACAAUUGACAGAUGCUAUUAAAACGCACAUUGUUUAUUUGAAAAUUUGGGAUUAUUUUGAUUCAAUUCCAGAAAGAUGGAUCUACUCUCACCAUAAUAACAAGAGUAAGAAAAAAGUAUUUAAAGCUGAAGAUUCGAUAGAACUUGAAUGGUAUCCAUUGAGACCUGAAUUCAUCGAGAGCACUUAUUAUCUUUUUCGUGCCACGCGAGACCCAAUGUACCUCCAUAUUGGUGAAAGAGUUUUCAAUCUAUUCAAAGACCGUUUCAAAGCUCCCUGUGGAUUUAGCGGAGUGCAAGAUGUUAGAACUGGAGAAAGACAGAAUAGAAUGGAAACUUUUGUUAUGGGAGAAACAUUAAAGUACCUCUACUUAUUGUUUGACGUUUUCAAUGAGGCAUUUUUGCAUAAACCUGAGUUGAUGCACGGCAAAAACUGGGUAUUUUCGACAGAGGCUCAUCCGUUAUGGUUUCAUAAAGGAUUAGUUAGUAGUACAGUAAAUCCAUUUCACAAGCUAAGUGUCAAUGGUGGGUUAAAAACUAAUGAGUUUUCUUCUGCAAUUGCAAGAAACUUAACCGAGAUACGACCAAAGCUAACAGAUAUACCCAACAACCAUAGUACAACAAAGUACCAUAUAGAGAAAAGGAAUCCGUUUGGGCGGAGGUUUGAGAUGUGUGAAUUUAGUCCGUUUACAAAACCUGCAAACUCAUUUCUUCACUCGAGCUUUUACAAUUGGAAAUACCUUUUCAAUGCUGAUUUUGCCUUCUCAAACUCAUUGAAGAAGCCAGAGUACGCAAACAAGACCAAUUUAGAUGGAAGCUAUAUUGAAUUGGAAAAAUCUUUUUUUCAAAAAUUCACAUUGUUUGAUACACCCUUGAUGUGUCCCAGAAUUCAUACUACAAAAUUUUUCGAAAUAUUUUGGGGUGACAUCAAGGAAUGCAGAAACAUAGAGGUGUCCGAGUUGACGGGAGUAAACUUAAAUGAGAAGGACUCUCCAGCUUCAUCGGGGGAUCUUUGGGUUCCUGUUUUACAAGGUUUACGAAUUGUGUUUGAAGAGCUAUCUGUGGGCAAAGUGGACUCCACAAACACUGUAAUAAAGCCUGAAUACUUGCAAUCUCUUAUUGGCGAAGAUGAUGCAAGUAACAAGAAGCAACAAAGCUCGGCAUUGCCAGCCUUGAGAAUUAAAAGAGUUAACGGUGUUGAAGUCAAAGUGGGAUCAGUGGUGUGGACAAUGCCGUUUGAACUUGGUGCAGGGGAUAAGAAUGCAGUUGGUUUAACAAACAAAGGUAGAGUUGCUAUAGAAGGAAAAGUAAUUGAAAAUUUGCAAAUUUGGCAUACAGAUAUAUAG